AUGAAGAGAGAUAAAACAAACAAUAAUACUACAACUACUACAGCACCAGUCGAUCAAGCCUCCGCACCUGCCCCACAGUCAAAGGUGGUCGAGCCAGUCAGAGUUGCACUAUACGAUGGUGUAGGACAGAAGCAAGCAUUGGAUGAUGCAAUUGUUAGAUACUUUACAAGUGAACUUAGUUAUGAACAGGUACACACGAUCAACUAUAUCAAGGUGUUGCUGGGACUGGUGGGAUGUAUCCUUGCUGGCCUUGCUCAGUUCUACCCUGAGCCAUUCCCAAAGAAUAAGCCAGUAUUGAUCAUUUGCGUACUAUUGUAUAUGCUAAUCUCAUUGGCGUUGUAUUACAUUGCACAGUUUGUACAGAAGGAUACUAUACUCUUUGGAAGAGCCAAGGAGAGCGGCAACAGCGACUUUAGAAUCAGCACAUCUCUGCCGCGAUUCGAACCAAACUACACGAUCAAGUAUGAGAGUGGCAAGGACAUUGUUCACAGCGUCACCAAGCCAAUCAACAACUACUUUAACACCAGUGGAUUGCUGGUUGAGGCUCCUCUAUUCAAGGACCUCCACAAACUACACGAGAAGGCAAUCACCAAGAAGUCAAAGUAA